AUGAGAGCCUUUAAGCGUGCUGGUGAAGUGUACAAAUCAAAACACAAUAAACCACCAGUUAUCAUUUACAAUAAUAUUAGCCAAUUAGUUCAUAAAAAUCUGGAAAUCCUAGAUAUUCUUCAAGAUGAUGCCAAGGAUAAUGCUGAUGACAGAAAGUACAUCACUGUAUUUGUCAGCAGUGAAGGUUCGGUGCCUAGAAGAAUGGAAUCAUGUAGUGCCUGGUCACGUGCGAAACAACCAGUGAUGGAAAUCGGUGACCUUAGUAAGGAAGAAUCAAUAGAAUACCUGACUAAAAAGCGCAAGAUCAAUGAAGUAGAAGCGAAAAAUUUAUAUGAAUUGGUUGUCGAGAAGAAAUUCCAAUCUGCACAACUCCUCAAAAAACAAUCACAUCAUGAAGUAGGAAAAGAAAUAAUCAGAGCUUUAUUAGAAUCUAAAGAGUUGAGCUUUGUCACGUUUAUGAAAUUUUUCAAUAAUUAUAAAGAAGCCAGUAAAGUAUUGGAGACCAAUGUAUUUGCAUAUCAUCCAGAAAAAAACACCGUGACCUUUCUGUCUCAAUCGGUGAAAUACUAUAUCCAGAAAAAUACUAAUGUAUUCAUCAAAUAG